CCACUUUCCUUUACUGGGUUUACAGACCGUUACCCAUCCAUAAAUAGAUUAAAAGAAAUAACGUCCUUCUUAAAAUUUUAACAACUUAAAUAACCUUCGAAUUUCUCUAUUCAUCUUUAAAUCUGUCUGUUCUGGCAAAAAAAAAAAUCUUUAAAUCUGUUGGUUUCUGUUGCAAAAAAUAAUAAUCAAGAAUGGCGUUGAGACCAAUCGGCAAUGCACUUCCGACAACAACACCGGAGAGACCCAAAAAACAAGCAAAAGUUAACGUUUUACUUCAAAAACCGGCCGAGGUUGGUGUUACCGAUGAAAAUAAUCCUCCAUUGCCGCCUUCUGCCGAUGUUGUUAUUGAUUAUGUUCUGUCUGAGAAUCUUAAACCUAUGGCAGACCCUGAAAUUAAGAUUCAAAGCCUAAUCGAAGGAUUAGAAUCCAAAGAUUGGAUUACGGUUUGUGAUUCGCUGAACGAUGUUAGGCGAUUCGCGUUGCAUCACUCGUCUCUUUUGCUCCCUAUCUUAGAGAAGGUUAUGUUGGUGGUGGUAAAGGCCAUGAAGAAUCCAAGAAGUGCUUUGUGUAAAACUUCAAUAAUGGCUUCAUCUGAUAUAUUUAAUGUAUUUGGAGACAAAUUAUUUGAUUCAACCACUGAUGCAUUUGAUAACCUGCUAUUACAGCUACUCUUCAAAGCUUCACAAGAUAAAAAGUUUGUGUGUGAAGAAGCAGAUAGAGCAUUGAAUGUAAUGGUGAAGUCCAUGACUCAUUUGCCUCUGCUUCAUAAGCUUAGAGCUUAUGUUAGACAUACCAACCUCCGAGUCCGGGCCAAAGUUGCUGUAGGAAUCUCCAACUGCGUUUCCGACAUGGAUAUAGAAGCAAUGAAAGAGUUUGGACUGGCUGCGCUGGUUCAAAUUGCUGCAGAUUUGUUGAAUGAUAGGCUGCCCGAGGCAAGGGAAGCAGCACGGAAGAUUGUGAUCUCUUUAUAUGAGGCGUAUACAAAAGAUGAAGAGGGCGAUAAGGUGGAAUUUUGGCAGAGUUUUUGCCAAGCGAAUUUAUCUGCCAUUCACGCUCUGUCUAUGUCGAAAAUUAUAAGUUCAUAAUCGAAUUGAGUAGUAUUUUGCUGUUAUUGCAGCAGUAGUGAGACCAGCCAGCUCUUGUGUGCUGAAAAUUGGAGAAAGAACAGUGUGUAGUAAUAUCUAGUUUCAUGUAAUCUACUUUUUACAUGAAUAUCUAUUAGUUUUUCUUA